AUGUCGAUUCUCGUGGCCGUGGCCGCACAAGCGGCCGGCGACGGGGCCGCACUGCUGGCGUUCAAGGCCGCGGCGAUCGGCGGCGGCCACCACAACCACAACCGGCUGCUUCCUUUCGUGGAAGUGGAACAGCACCAGCGCUGGCGGCUUCUGCAGCUGGGAGGGGGUCAGGGGAAUAUCCCUGCAAGCAUCGGCCGCCUGCUACAUCUCCAGGCGCUUGACCUGAGCUACAACACCUUCACCGGAGAACUGCCUGCAAACCUAAGCUUCUGUGCUAGUAGCUUACUGCUCUUGAACCUCCGCCACAACCAGCUCCAUGGCCGUAUUCCUGUUCAGCUCGGUCAGAAGCUCACAAACCUUCGUAAGCUCUCACUGAGAACGAACAGCUUCACGGGCGAUAUCCCAGUAUCACUAGACAACAUGUCGCUUCUAAACUAUCUUGAUCUAGGUACAAACCAGCUCGAGGGACCCAUACCACCUCAACUUGGCAGCAUGGGAGACCUACGCUUCCUUUAUCUCUUCGAGAACAACCUCUCAGGUCAGCUUCCAUCCUCUCUCUACAAUCUGUCCAUGCUGCAAGCUCUCGUCGUAGCUAACAACUCCUUGUCUGGAACCAUUCCUAGUAAUAUUGGCGAUAGGUUGCAUAACAUUGAAAAUCUGGACUUUGCUGUCAACCAGUUUCAUGGAACCAUCCCGCCUUCACUCUCCAACCUCUCUGCUAUUACAAACCUUCAGCUUUCGACAAAUAGUUUUGUUGGGCACGUUCCAUCUGCCUUUGGGAGACUGAAAGGUCUCGUUAUUCUGUACUUGGAAGGAACAAGCUGGAAGCAAAUGACACGGAGGGGUGGAAUUCAUCACUCAGCUAGCAAACUGCAGCCAGCUUCAGCAACUGACUCUUCUCAAUAA